AUGGAUGGGAAACACAUCGCUAUACGGCCUCCAAAAGAGAGUGGAUCCUACUACUUCAAUUAUAAGGGUUCACACAGUAUAGUUCUCAUGGCUGUAGUGAAUGCAGACUAUGAAUUUAUGUAUGUAGAUGUGGGGACAAAUGGAAGAAUUUCAGAUGGCGGUGUGUGGGCAAACUCAAUUCUGUGUGCGCGGCUUCAGAACAGAGCAAUGGGCCUUCCCGCAGAUGAACAGCUGAGUGACAGCCACAGAACCCUGCCAUACAUCUUUGUAGGUGACGAUACCUUCCCACUCAAGAGAUACUUCAUGAAACCAUAUCCAUUUAAACAUCAAAAUAAUGAGCAAAGAAUUUUCUCCUACAGGCUUUCAAGAGCAAGGUGUGUCGUUGAGAAUGCAUUUGGCAUUAUGUCAAAUAAGUUUUGCAUUCUCCUGAGUGCAAUAAAUUUGAGCCCUGAUAAGGUAGAAAAAAUUGAUCUUGCCUGCAGAGCCCUGCACAAUUUCUUGCGCAGGGAACAUGAAUCAUUCUAUACACCCAUUGGUAGUUUGGACAACGAGAAUGUUGUGGAUGGACAGCUUCUGUCUUUGGAGAGACUACAGAGGCAUCCUACAAAUGAGGCAAAAGCUGUCAGGAAAGAGUUCAUGGAGUAUUUUAAUGAGGAAGGUGCUGUUCCAUGGCAACAACGUAUGUGCGGCAUAUGGUAG